AUGAAGACCUUGGUCCUGGUUCUCCUGGCAGCUGUCUGUCUGUGUUCGGAUGCCUCGACUGGCUCCCAGCCAGCAGAUGCUGCCUUGUCUUUCACUGCACAGGAGGGAAACACAGAUAUGUUUGUAGCCAAGGAUGAGGCAUCAACAGUGGUGAGGCAGAAGAGAGCUGCUGGAGAGCUGACCCUGGCCCAGCUGGAGAGCCUGAGAGAGGUGUGUGAGACCAACGUGGCUUGUGAUGAGAUGAUGGACACAAAUGGAAUUAUUGCCGCUUACACCGCCUACUAUGGACCAAUCCCUUACUAGAUGCCAACAG